UUGUGUGAUUUGUGUAUUUAGGUUAGGUUUAAAAUGUUCACCGAAGUUGUUUCAUGAUUUUUCGCUGAACUAUUGGGUAAAACAAUCGAUUUCGCUUGCACAAGUUAAUAAAUCAGGUCCGACAACAUGCCCGCGCUGGAAUUUUCCGAAAAGUAUGCCCGCAUGGGUUUCUUCGCCAACAAGGUCCACAAUUGCAAAAUUUGCCCGUUCUUCACCACAUCAGUGUUCCGAAUGGUAAACCAUGUGAGAACCCACCGUUCACCGUUAACCCAUUUCGACUGCGAAAAAUCCAAAAUUGAAGUAUACCUUUGCAAAGACUGCAACUUGCAGACCGACCUAACCUUAGUUAUGAAUCGACACAUCAAAAAGCAGCACAGUUCUCAACCACAAAACGUAAGCAACUCGCAAGAAAACAAAAUUCGGAGAUAUAUUUGCAAACAAUGUAGUUUUGAAACUUAUUUUAUGUUGAAAUGGCUGCAACACGCCCGAAGGUGCCUAGAACCUAACGAAACAUCAACAACUAACGCAACACCACAAACAGAAAUCAAGGAGUCACACCAGGAUUUAAGUGUAAAAUGGCACGAAUGCAACUAUUGUUCAUUCAAGACAGACAAAAAGGAUUAUUUAAAAGGACACAUCAUUAAGACUCAUCACAACCACGUUGAAUGGCACUGGUGUGACCAGUGCCCAUACAAAGCCAAAUGUUACUCUGAGUUAAACACACACAAACGUAAGCGUCAUUUAAACAACAUAGAUAAAACGGAUUUUGUUUGGCACAAAUGUGCGCAUUGUGCGUUGAAAACGUUUUCCUUGGACUUUUUAAACAGACACGUUAGUGAAAAACACAAAAUUAAGUGUGAUCAAUGUUCGUUCAAAACGACGCAAAAAUAUCAUCUGAUACGUCACACCCUGAAACUGCACAAGCGCGAGCGGGUUAAGUGGUUCGAGUGUGAUCAAUGUCCAUUCAGAUCCGAAGUUAAGGUUAAGUGGAAGCAACACGUGCUCAAACAUCAUGUCGUUAACGAAAAAGUGUCUUAUAAGUGUGGUCUUUGCGAUUUUAAAAGUUCGGCUCAAGAUUUAGGUAGGCAUAUACUUGAAAUUCAUGCAAAUUCGGGGAUACAUUAGAUUUUUUUAAUGGGUUUUUAGGGGGAUUUUGUUGUGGGUAUGAUAAUUUGUGCAACUAUAGUGAUAUAUGUAGCAUUUUCAUAUUUUCCCAUAUUUUACAAAUAGAUUAAUCACAGUUA